AGCCUUGAUUCCUCGCCUACACCUACCUACUCUAGCCGUAUCGAGACUCAACUUGAGUCGCCUCGUCUAGCCAGCCUCACCCGCCCAGCCAUCUCGUUCAUUUUGCCUUCUUUGAUCAGUUUCACUGUUCUUUUCGCUCCAACGCUCGCAUUAAGGAAACACACCGACCGCCCCACCGACCGCUCACCUUCACAACUUCUGUCCGCCCCCAUUCCCCCCUCUUGUCUCCGGAAAACACAUCAAAGUCGCAUCCGCCCAGCAGGCCAUGCGACUAACGUGGCGUCGAACUUAGUUGACCAGGUCACAUUCUCCGACGGACCAACCGCCCCCAACCCGCAUCCAUUCUGGCACCGUCUCAGACUCGUCACGUCUCGCUGCCUGGCUGAAGUCAAGGCCCCGCGGCCGGCGGUCGUCUGGAGGCACUGGUCGAGAUGGCAAGUAUCACCAGGUCUACUGCCGGUCCCCACGUGUCCAUACACUUGUGUCACACACCGACACAAGCAUGGCAUAAUUGCAUGCAACUGUGUUAAUAGAAGCUGCCGAGACGAAGGCUUGCACACAUGCCGUCCGGCCGAAUUCCUACUGUGA